CGACAUUAACUGACCUGUUCUCUUUUUUUUUAACCCUUUUGGGAAAGGAGAGAAACAGCUGUUUGACCAUUUCUGACCCUGGAUGGGCAACCACUGGCCUGGGCUGUCCUGGCCGCCGCUGGCCCCCGUGACGGCCGUGUUCUUCUCUUCCAGGUGCUCCUUUUCAAAGGUCUCAGCAUCCCCAUGCUACCUCCUGCCGGCACUUCCACCUGGGUCCCCAGCCUCAGCUCUCCACCGACUUCACCCUGCCUCACACGGUGCAGCCCCAGCCGGGGCUGACUCCCCCCCACAUGGCCCCCGCGCACCAGCACAGCGGCCCCCUGCACCAGCCCCUGGCGCCGGUGCCAGCCCUGCCCUUCCAGGACGUGGCUGGACCCUCCUUCCUACCUCAGGCGCUACACCAGCAAUACCUCCUCCAGCAGCAGCUCCUCGAGGCGCAGCACCGCCGGCUCAUGCCCCAUCCCAGGCGGGCUCAGGAGCGCAUGUCUGUUCAGCCUCACCGUCUACACCCCAGCUUUGACUUCAGCCACCAACUGCAAACUACACAACCCAUGGGGCCCCAGCCCAGGUAUUUAGCCGAAGGCACGGACUGGGACCUCAGUGUUGAUGCGGGACUGACUCACGCCCAGUUCCAGGUCCGACCUGUCCCUCAGCCCUAUCAGCAUUACUUAGCUACACCUCGGAUGCACCAUUUCGCCAGAAGCACAUCCUCAACACAGAUGGUUGUUCAUGAAAUCAGAAAUUACCCUUAUCCUCAGCUUCAGUUACUUGCUCUUCAGGGACUGAACCCAAGCAGGCACACAUCUGCUGUGCGGGAGAGCUAUGAGGAGCUGCUGCAGCUGGAGGACAGGCUGGGCAGCGUGAGCCGGGGUGCUGUCCAGAACACCAUUGAGAGGUUCACCUUCCCCCACAAGUACAAGAAGAGAAGACCGCAGGAGGGCAAAGCUGAGCAGGAGGAUGGAGAGGAGUCAGACACUGACGAGAAAUGCACAAUUUGUCUGUCCAUGCUUGAAGAUGGAGAAGAUGUCAGGCGGUUGCCCUGUAUGCAUCUCUUCCACCAAGUGUGCGUGGACCAGUGGCUGGCCACCAGCAAGAAGUGCCCGAUCUGCAGGGUGGACAUUGAAACACAGCUCGGCUCGGACAGCUGAAAGGACUGGCUGGACACACCAUUUUCCUUACCAGGUCAUAUGGCCAUAAACCCUUGCAGCAAAAUUUUUGCCUUCUGAGCCAUUUGAUUGAGAGGAAAAGUCUGCAGGCACGUUAGUGAGGAGGAGGAGGAGGAGGUGGCAGUACAAUAUCUAGUGAUAGGAGAUAUUGCACAUACGCAGGAUACGGGCCCGGUGAAAGGGAGCUGGCAUUCCCGGAGCUCAGAGACCCCGUGCUGCAGAAGAUUUAGUAUUGAACAUGAAGGAAUUAGUUGUGGUAGUCUGGCCUGUCAAUCCUGCAUUUCAUGAGGAUUGUAUAUAUACCUCUUGAAUACGUAGAAACAUGUUAGGGGUCCUUUAGCUAUUUCUAUGGAUGGCAGCUGGAGCAUGUUAGCUUAAGAAAUGUUGUGUUUGAUGCCCUACUCAUCUUGUGGUGGACAUGUUGCUGUUACCUAAUUUGCACCAAAUAUUUUUUCAUAGAUUCCUUAUUUUGGUGCCUGAUUAAUACAUUGCAGAAGGGGAAUAAAGAGGCCAAGCUUUCCCACCCCUGGGGGGGGAAGAGGCGAAAAAGCAAAAUCCUGUUUACAGUCAGAAGGGUUGCGCUCUUUGCCUCAGCUGUGUGUGCUUCCUUUCCUUGCGUUUACAGUGUGUUGCAAAUUUAGAGAAGCUUAAAAAAAAAAAAAUAAAAAAAAAUUGUGAAUGAAGUGAAUGAAGCAAUAGGGAGAAGCUUCGUUCCUGCUUAUCUGCUGGUGCUGGACACUCUCUGUAGGGGAACAAUAUUAGAGUAGAUGCUGUUUCUUUGCUUUCUGUAUCUUAACAAAGUAGCUUGGCAUGUUGGAAUCCAAGGAAGGGUUGUCUUCAUGAUUGCCAUUGUCCAAUGAUGCUUUCUCCUGCCAGCUAUGAGGCUGGUUGGCUUCAGCAGUGGUCCAAAAUGAUGGUUACUGGAGUUGGCACCUAUAACUGUUUUUUUUUUGGGGAUAUAAUAACACUGGAGAGGUGCUGAGAGAUGUAUGCUGCUGACUUCUCUCCCAUGCAAAAGCAUCUCUGAUAACAGGACAGGUGAAAACUCCCAAUGUUCACAAGGCACUGCUGAAGCCACGAGCGGCUGAGCAUGGGAGGGGAAGGCAGGUUGGAAGCUGCUUUUUCACAGGGCUGGGCUGUGACCCUGCCUCAAAGCACAUGCACCUGCACCCACAUGCGUCUGUAUUCACAUUUCAGGAUGUAUCCAUAUGCAGAAUGGAAUGAUUAUUAAAAUGAAACUUAAUUUUAUUAAUGCUCAAACCAGAAUUACAAGGUGGUCCCCAAAGGAGUAAGCUGUUGCGAUCUAAGGUCUCCCUAAAAUAAAGACCUCAGCAUGCCAGCUGCAGGGACAGAGCUGAAAACCCACUGGAGAACCAACAUUCACAACCAAAACAAUUUUAUUUUUUCUUUUUUUAAUUUAAAAUCAAGGUUGUUGUGGUUUUUUUUUUCAUACUAGAGAGGCAAAAGAGAGAUGCAGAGGAGCAAGAAGAAUUAGUCAUGAACGUUAUAUAUUGAAAAUGCUGAUGUGGUGGGAAUGUUUUCUGGCUCCCCUGAGCAUCCAUUCUGCUGGAGCCGAGUGAUGCUCUCCAAGUAGAAACAAUCGUAAAUUACCAUCUGAGAGAUCAUGGGAUUCCCGUGAGCUGUAAUUGGAAAACACCAACCUCAGAGGCACCCCAGAGAUUUUUUUU